UUUUUUUAAUUAUUAUUUUAAACCUUUUGGGAACCUUAUGGGAAACCCGUCAAAUCCCCAGAUUCUUCGGCCCUGAUAAAAACCAGAUAAAACCCAAACGAGCAAAUAUGCUUGAUUUUAUCACCAUAUGGGAUCCGUCUGGAAACCAAAACACUUACCCGUCAAAAUCCCGUUCCCGUCAGCCCAGACAAAAACCAUACGGUACCCGUCUGUCAAUGUUGGCUGGGAUUCUACUAGAACUCGCUCAAUUUGAACUUAUUCAUGACUUAUAUUUGUUGUUGAUCUAAUAUUUCCAUACCUAUUGCUUGUUCAAUAUUCGAUUCAGGCUAGGUAAUAUUGUCGAGUUGAUCGAGUUCAGUAACCUUUUUAGUUACUAUAAGAACGUUUUUGUAACGCUUCUCUUCUUCUUUCUUAAUUUUUUGCUUUCUUUGAUCCGCUUUUAUUUUUUUUUCAUGAUUAUUAAUUUUUUUUUAAUAUAAAGACAACAUCGUUAUAAAUAACAAAACGAGCGAACAGUCUGCACUUAUCGAUUUUUAGUGUGCCUAUUUUUUUGGUGGGCCUGUGGCUAUAGCCUCCUAUGCCUCCGCCUUAAUACUUUAUAUAACUUAAUACUGUAUAUAAAAUUAUAUAAAAACAGACAUUAUAUAUAACAAUAUGCAAAAGCAUGCAUUGUAUAUAACAAUAAAAAAUAUAUACUGAGUUUUAUUGCACGAAAAAGUGUUGCAAAAGCGACAACUCAAUCUUCAGAACCUCCUAAAGACUCAACAACAUCACAAUGACCAUUGUAACCAUCAGUGACCAUUGUAACCAAAUCAUACAAAAUAUUAUAUAGCUUUGGUUCAAAGACAGCAUUCAAGUUUUUUUCGAAGAUCAUAACAAAGUAUUAAGCAGCAAAUAAGAAAAUAAAAUGAAGGAAUCUUUGCAAAAUUCUCUGCAACAUAAAAAAUGGUUAAAAAAAAGAAAAUACACAUCCAUAGCAUUCGCAAUUCAAAGUUUGAUUUUAGGCAUAGAAUACAGUGUAACACUUUCAACUCUUUGGUUAUAUAUAAAAGAACUAGUGAACACCAAAUCACCAAAAUUAUUUUACACAUUAGUAUCUGUUAUGUACAUACUUUCAUUCACCUUAAGUACUCCGAUUAUUGGGAGAAUAGUUGAUCGCACUCGCCAGGUUCGAGUUUGGUUUUUUAUCUGCAACUGCUUUUUAAUUGCUGGAAAUUUAUUAUACAGCCUUCAGUUUUCUCCUUGGUUUUUAGUGGUUGGUAGAUUUUUAUCUGGAUGCUGCGGUUUAAGAUCUGUUAUGUGUGCCGAGAUUAUUAGAAGUUAUCCAUCUAGUAAAACAAGUUUUCAGCUAUCAAUUCAAUCAUUAACUUUUAACUCUGGAUUCAUAGUAGGACCUUGUAUUAACUUUUUGUUUUUAAAAAUUGACUUUUAUAUAGGAAGCUGGCAUUUAAAAAAUGUCAAUUUUAUUGGAAUAUUUAUGACCAUAGUUUCUUUAAUCAUGUGUUUACUAUCGUUUUUAAUGGUUCACAAUUUAUCGAAAGAAUUUGAUUUAAAAGGAAUAAAAGAAAAAAAAAAUAAAAACGUCGGAAGUACGAAUAUCGAAUUAUCAAAAGAAUCUCCAGUAUCCUUUACUAAUACAGAAGUGAUUUCCGAUAUAAACAAUGAAUCUAAUGAAAAGUUACCACUACUCAAUUCUAUAAAACUUCAAAUUAGUAAUGAAGCACCGAGUUCAUUACCUCGUUUGAGCAUUUUUAGGAUUUUGAAACUGCUGUUUACAUCGUUUGAUACUUCGUUGUUGUUGUUUAGUACGUUUUUUAUUUUACUUUUUCUCGUUACUUUUGACAUGUGGUUUCCGUUGUUUGUUAUAGACACUUUAAAAUUGUCUCUUUUAGAACUUAACGUUUGUAUUUUUGGUACAGGAAUAAGUUCUGUUUUAAUUCUAUUAAUUUUUAUCUGCAAACCUAUAUCAGAAGAAAAAAUGUUUAUUGUGGUUAUGAUUGGACUAUUUGGUAUUUGCAUAAUUAACGUGAGCUACAUUGUUUUGAAAUACUUUAAUACUAAACCACUACAACUAAUUUUUGGCAUUGCGUACAUGAUUAAUUUUGCUGGAGCAGGUAUAAUACCAGAGGUUUUUAUUGCAAACACCUUAGCUAAAUAUGUUAGUUCAAAUAAUCAAGCUUUUGUGGAUGGCAUACGCAACUCAAUGUAUGCAGCAGGAACACUAGCAGCGUUUUCAAGUGCUGCGUUUACAUUUGAAUACUUAAGUAUAUUUUCAUCUACAUUUAUUGUAUUAACAUUAUUAUUAAUGGUUUUGUUGAUGGCGAGAAGAAAUCAUUUACUUAAUCCAAAACUAAUAUUUUAGCAUUUGUUACUUUUUUAGGAAUUUUUCAUUUUUAAGAAUAUACAGAACAAUAAUUUAAA